AUGGACGACUACUUUUCCAAUCAUCCCGGAGGGCGUAACAGCGUCUUACAGUUUGAGUUUUUCCUCAAUCAAGCCAUGGCAGCCAUACCAUCUGACGAAACGGCGUUUCCAUGGAGAGAUUCGACUGGAUAUAUAAACUUCAACAUGCUGUUUGACGACAGAGAUAAUGUUACACGGAGCGCUUCGAUUGCACUCGGGUUGGAGCUACGGGGUGAUCUCGUGGCUACAUCUGGGUAUCCAAAGCUCGCGGUGUUCAUCAAUCAUGCUCAUGGUGAUGAGAAGUUAGAGCAGAUUUAUGGCAAAGACAAGUUAACCCAUCUAGCAGAUUUAAAGAAUAUCUGGGAUCCGAACCAUAUAUUCAGUUAUAAUAACAGAUUACCUUAG